AUGUACGUAAAUAGAGCAGGGAAAAUGGACUGCAAGAUAUUGAUACUCGGGGCCGGCGGCCUUGGCUGCGAGAUCCUGAAAAACCUGGCAAUGUUGAAGUUCGUCAAAGAGAUUCAUAUCGUUGACAUGGACACCAUCGAACUGACCAAUCUAAACAGGCAGUUUCUUUUUCAUGAUGCAGAUAUAGGUAAGCCAAAGGCCCAGGUGGCAGCCCACUAUAUCAACUCACGGUUUCCUCAACUCCAAGUCGUACCGCACGUGCGGGACCUGACCACUUUGCACUCGAGUUUCUACAAGGGCUUUCACUUCAUCAUCUCGGGGCUGGACGCCAUUGAACCCCGCCGCUUUAUCAACGAAACCCUCGUCAAGCUCACGAUGAAGUCAAACUACGAAAUCUGCAUCCCCUUCAUAGACGGUGGGACCGAGGGGCUUAAGGGCCAUGUGAAAACAAUCAUCCCGGGCAUCACUGCAUGCUGGGAGUGCUCCAUCGAUACCUUGCCCUCGCAGCAGGAUACCGUGCCCAUGUGCACCAUCGCCAACAACCCGCGCUGUAUCGAGCAUGUCAUCGAGUACGUCUCCACGAUACAACAUCCCGAGCUCGACAUAGAAUCCACAGCGGACGUGCAGUCCCUCUUGGAGAAAUGUUAUGAAAGAGCUACACGAUUUAGUAUCUCUACGGAAAAAUUAUCCGCAAGCUUUAUCCUGGGCGUAAUCAAGAGUAUCAUACCUAGCGUCAGCACCACAAACGCAAUGGUCGCGGCCACAUGCUGCAUGCAGAUGGUGAAGAUUUACAAGGAUCUCAUCGAUCUGGAAAACGACGAUAACUUCACUUUGAUCAAUUGCUCAGAAGGUUGUUUUAUGUAUAGUUUCAAAUUCGAGCGGUUACCCGGCUGCCCGGUUUGCUCUUCAAGUCCUGACUGA